AUGAGUGAGCCAGAAAAAGCCAUUGCUGGCGUUGAGCCUGCUCGGGAUCUUGAGCUCGCCUCUGAUGUCUUUAACGAGCACAAUUCCCAUGACCCAGAGCUUGCCGCUCGCGAGAAAGCACUGGUCUGGAAACAGGACCUGCGCAUCGUCCCGUUAUGUGCAGCAAUCUAUUUGCUUUGCUAUCUAGAUCGAUCCAACAUUGGAAAUGCGAAAAUCCUCAACCAGGAUACGCACCAUGAUCUACUAUCAGAGACCAAAAUGACAUCGUACCAAUACACGAUUGCGCUCAUGGUCUUUCUGAUCGCAUACGCGCUCUUCGAAGUUCCCUCGAACUAUCUCCUGAAGAAACUCAGACCAAGCAGAUGGAUUGCAUUUCUCAUGCUCUCCUGGGGCGCAUGCACCAUGGGCCUAGGCGGAGCACACACCUACGCCCAAGUCACCGGCAUCCGAUUCUUGCUCGGAGUAAUGGAAGCCGGCCUGUUCCCCGGUUUAGUCUACUACCUCACCUUCUGGUACCGCCACUCAGAGCGCUCCAUGCGCGUCGCCCUGAUCCUUGCCUCGGCCACCCUCGCCGGCGCCUUUGGCGGCGCCAUCGCGUACGGCGUCGGCCACAUGAACCAGGUCCAGGGGCUGUCCGCCUGGCGGUGGCUCUUCAUCAUCGAGGGCGCGCCCUCGUGCGCCUCCGCAUUCCUGGUCUGGUUCCUCCUCCCGGACUACCCCGAAUCAGCCCGCUGGCUGAGCCCAGAGGAGAAGGAGCUCGCCGCGCAGCGCCUCCGCACCGAGGGCUCGAAAGGCGAGGCGAAAGCCAUGAGCUGGGGCGACGCAAAGGCCGUGCUGACGGACUGGCGGCUCUACGCGCAUUAUGCGGUCUACUUCGGCAUCUCGGCCCCGUUCUCCAGUCUCUCUCUCUUCACCCCGGCCAUCACCAGCGGGCUCGGAUACACCAACCUGCGCGCGCAGCUCAUGACCGUGCCCCCCUGGGCGGUAGCCUACGUCGUGACCACGGCCGCCGCCUGGUCCGCCGACCAUUUUAACAGUCGCGGCCUCCACUCCGCGCUUUUCUCCUUCAUCGGCGCCAUGGGCUUCCUGGCCUCCGCCGUCCUCCCCCCGGACGCAUACCUGGUAUCUACAUAUUCUCCUCUCACUGUUCUAUACAAGACUAACCUCCCCAACCAGCACCGCUACGGCUGCCUUAUCGUCGCCACCAGCGGUUCCUUUGCCUGCAUCCCCCCGCUUCUCGGCUGGCUGUCCUCGAACCUCGGCUCCACGGCGGGGACGGGGCUCGCGAUUGCGCUGAACAUUUCCGUCGGUGCGCCGGGCCAGAUCGUCGGUGUGUGGAUCUACAAGGUCAAUGAAGCGAAGAAGGGGUAUCCGACGGGCCACUGGACGAAUGCGGGGCUGCUGCUGUUUGUUUGUGUGGGGUGCAUUGCUCUCCGGGUGUAUUAUGGGUGGCUGAAUCGCCGGGGUGGAUAUAUCGGGAAGAAAAGAGAGGAGAAGAAUACUACGGACGCCGUCAGUGACUAA